AGAUAGCCAGAAUAACCGUGAGAAGCUGGGUGCUCAAAGAUCGCGACGAGUCAUGUAGGUGGGAAGCGGAGCAUGAUACCUUGACGCCCCAGUCAAACGAGGACGAUCCGAUCCGCCUAUCCAGCAGCACCGAGAUGAACAAAGCGCUGGAACAGCUGUCCCGGACGGACGAGUACGAGGCGAUCAAGGAAAAAGCUAAGUCAAAGAUGCUCGUACUGAACGCCUCGUCCGUCGUCCUCUCCACGAGCCCGUUUGGAGACUUUAGCAAGAUGACCAUCAUUUCCAAGAUCCUCCCGGGCUCCAAACUCCGGCGGGCCGGUGACGAAGCGCAGAAGCUGUGGCGACUUUUCGUCCACCAGCCACAGACGGCGCGGUGUCUGGUCUUCCUCUUGCUGCUGGGGCUGCUCUGCCAGGAGAUCGCGAAGCAGUAUAACAUCGCCGUUGAUCACUUAGUCAGCAUCGAUGGCGGCCGGGACCCCACUAAGUACGCCAACUGCAGCGGCACCUCGGUCGAGAUGCUAGGGCUGGUGCUCUGGUGCCUGGAGUCCUCCUGCAAGCUGAGCAAUAGCCUGGACGAGACGGCCAACGCCGUACAACAGGCCAGGCAGGACCUGAUGGUGCAGAUAGCCGAGGGUCCGGGAAGACGAAGCCCAGCCUUGGAGAACAUCUGCCAAGAACAGCUGGCGGCAUUCGAGACCAAGUACUUGGAGCUGAUGGCAGCCGCUGUUCGGCUCCGUUCAAGGGUCGAGGUCAGCAAGCGGCAAGGAGAAGCGGCAUCAGCGAUCCUCCAGCUCAACAACAGCCACAUCUCGAUAAACCAGAGUGCGACGAUCGAGAAACUCACGUAUCUGACCAUUAUCUACCUACCCCUGGGCCUCGUGACGGCCAUCUUUGCGAUCCCCGACACGCAGGAAGUCCUGUACAGCAGCAUGGGACGGGCGUGGUACAUUGGGGCUAUUCUGAUCUUUGUGGCCACCACGGGAACCGUCGCAUACUUCCUCAAAGACAUCGUCAACGUAUUCCGGUCGCUCAAAGAUGCUUUCCCCCAGCAAAAGUCGAAGGUUCAACAGCCUGCGCUCGGGCCGCCGCCAACAGGAGGAGGAGGGCAAGGUAAAGGCGCGGGUACAAACGAAGCUGACACCCUCCGGCCCACAGAUGGGAGAGAUUACAUUCGACAUGGCGGCGGUGUGUUUAGCGGUGGUGGCGGCGUCGUAACCAACAUAGAGGAAGUCUCCAAGUCUCCGCUUCAGUCUCGCGAACGCGUCCUGCGCAGACACGCAGCGUGGUGGGAGGAGCGGAUAGCCCGUAUCGUGCAGAGGCGGCGGCGAACGACCAGCAGCAGUUUUGAGGAUGACCGCAGAUCAGUGGAGAGUAUGCGUGCUAUCGCAGGCGGAAAGGAGGAUGUAUAACUCCGGAGACGGAGACAGUGUGGUUCUCUCGAUUGUUUUCUCUUUUUUGUGUUCGUUUCGCUAAUAACGCCGGCGGUAUUACGAUAAUGUGCGUGAUAAGCGAGCCGUAAAAACAGUUCCACCCGAUUUCCCUACAAAUUUUUCUGA